CAGAAGGGGGGAGACGUCUCAAGGCUCUGAACGGCACGGCAAAUGCUCCAAAGCUCCAUUACAUUCGCUCGCCGACCCCGAGAGCGGCUUGAAGCUUGGCAUAUGCCGCAGCUCCUCGGUCGUCACCGAACCUAACCGUUGCAGGAUGGCUAUGACUGACGUGCUCAGCGCUGAGGAUAUCAAGAAGGCAGUGGGAGCCUUUUCAGCAGCUGAAUCUUUUAACUACAAGAAGUUUUUCGAGAUGGUAGGAUUGAAAAAGAAGAGCCCAGAAGAUGUGAAGAAGGUUUUCCAUAUUCUUGAUAAGGACCGGAGUGGCUUCAUUGAAGAGGAGGAAUUAAAGUUUGUACUGAAGGGCUUUACCCCAGAUGGCAGAGACCUAUCAGACAAAGAAACAAAAGCUCUUCUGGCUGCUGGAGAUAAGGACGGUGAUGGUAAAAUUGGCGCUGAUGAAUUUGCAACUAUGGUGGCUGAAUCAUAAAGGCUUUAACCAAUGCAAACCCUUCACCCAUCCUUCACUGCCCAAUUCCAACCACCUCCUGCUGACUGCUUUGGCUCCUGUUCUAUUUAUUUAUGCUAUUUUAUACUCCAGCUCUGUUCUCUGCAAUCCUGCAACUCUGUAAUUGUGCUGAAAGACACUGUUAAAAUAAUAAAGGUCACAUCAAUCUGGGCUUUAUUCUCUCUCACUAUCACUUAUUUCAUAUAGGCUUGACACACGUUGAGUGAAAAUUCUACUUCCCCCUCCCUCUGCUGAUCCCCCUGCUGCUUUAUCCCUAAUUAGGGUAAAGUGGGAAGAAAUUUUAAUAAUAAUAAUAAUUUGGGAUAAAACGUGUAUAAAAUGAGUCAAAUUCAGUUCAAGUUCCGAAACGUGGCAGAAAGGACUUCAUUAUUUUUAAGCCAUCCCUACUAGAUGGGUGCAUACUCAUAGCCUGGAAAAUCUCUAGUGAUGGCAAUUACCCAACUUCAUUUGGCAGCUUGUUCUUUUGACUUAAUCAAUGUUACAGCUAAAACGUAUUUCCUAAUUGUUAGCCUACAUCCUCCCUGCUGCAUGUUGAUCAGUAAGUUAUUGGCGAUCAGUAAAUUAUUUGCAUCAUUUGCUAAAUUUGUCUGGUGGAGGGGCAUUUUUGGCUAAAAGAUUUGACAGAAAUAUCAAUCAGUGCCAAUCAUGAAUAUGGAUAACCUCAUAAUCUAUUAAAAUAUGUUCACUUUUGAAAUGCAGGAUAUAUUUACUAGCAGUCUUACACAACUAUCUAGGACAGAAAGAAUGGAAUUUCAGGAAAGGGAGCACCAAGAUCUGGCUGUGAUGCUGCUGUUGACACUCCCGUUGUUAAACUAGCUUAUCAAAAAAAUCCCAUCAAAAACAACUCUUCUAAAACUUUACCAAAAAAGGUAAAUAACUUUCUUUGAGUUAAGUACAGGAAACUGAGGCUCGAGCUAAGGAAGUAACUAGCCAAUAGUAAGCCAUGGCAGAGCCUUAUUUCCCAAAUCCUGGUCAGUACCUUUGAAACCAAGCUACUGCUUUUUAUUUUUUUUUUUUUUUUUUUUUCUUCUUUUUCUCUCUUAUUUUUUUUUAAAUCAAAGAAUAAACGAGGGAGGAAAAAUCACUUUCAGGCAACAUUUUCCCCACAUCUUGACAGAACAUUGAUUACUACUGCAAUAAAAAAUAAGGAUAUUUGACAUUUUUUGAUUCCGAACUCUUCCCUGCAGCAAUAAUACCUUGCUCCAUUCUGAUUAUCACUAAUUAGUAUUGUAAAAAAAAGGUACGACUGAAACACUGUCACCAUUACAUUGUACAGAAUACCAUUCUCUGGCACAGCAAUUACCAAUGCUACUUGCAAAGCCAACAAACAAUCCCUAAAGCCAUUCUAGAUUUUCACUCUAUAGCCACUUACAAGGAAGAUUUUUUUUUUUUUGCUGAAGCUGCUGUUCAUUCAAAAGAAACCCUCUGGUUUUGCACAAUGUAUAUAUGGAUGUGAAAAAAAAAUGUAUUGAUUUUUAAGUACCCAAAUAAAGCAAAUGAAAAUGGA